UAUUGUGAUUGUUUGUUUUCUGGCUCUUCUUUCUGUUACUUCUGUUAAUUUGAAGCUGUGCUCAGCUGCACAGGCAGCACCACCACUGCUGCUGCUGUUACUACCUGGGCCUGCUCCGACUACUGGAGCCUGGAGCUCGCCUGCACCCCAGCACUGCUACUGCAGGGGGACUGCUACCACUGCUGCUACCUGGGCCCCACCUGCACCGAAAAGAAAGAGAAAAACAAUCAACAGGAAUAAUUAUAGCCCCUCACAGAAAAGCUGUUGUGAAGAAAUGAAGGUCAUCCUUCUUCUAUUCCUUGUUAUUGCCAGCACUGCGCAAUCCCCUACACAUCAUGAAGAUGAAAUCGGCAUUGGAAACCAUGACAUUGCAAUUGUUAAUGUCAUGGGUGACUUUGAAGUCAACGACAAUGGCUGUCCAGAUAAACACGAUCACCACUAUAAUUUAACCAGGAGCUGCCUGGAACUCAAAGAGAAAUACCACUUCACCAAAGAUGGCGUCCAUCUCUUCAUAACCAGUAAUGGUGAACUCUACCAGGCCUUCUGUGACAUGACCACUGAUGGAGGUGGUUGGACCCUAAUUGCAAGUGUCCAUGAGAACAACAUACUUGGGAAAUGCACCACUGGGGACCGCUGGUCCAGUCAGCAAGGGGGUAAUGCCAGUUCUCCAGCAGGAGACAGGUCAUGGUCCAAUUUUGCGACAUUUGGUUGUCCAGAAGGAGCGACAAGUGAUGACCUGAAGAACCCAGGUUACUAUGACAUAAAGGCCUCAGAUAUAUCAAUUUGGCACGUACCCAAUGACACACCGCUAAGCAGCUGGAAAGAUGCAGCAAUCCUCCGCUAUCACACCGAAACCAACUUUCUACAGCAGUACGGAGGAAACUUGUAUCAGCUGUUCCAUCAAUACCCUGUUGAAUACAACAAAGGGAAAUGUCCAGAUGAUAACGGGCCCUUAAGUCACAUCACUUAUGACUUCGGCAGUGAUGAGAAGAUACAGCAAUUGUAUGGGCCUUUGAGUCGCAACGAAUUUGAACCAGGAUAUGUGCAAUUCAGGGUAUUCAACAAUGAAAAAGCAGCACUGGCGAUGUGUUCUGGAGUGAAGUACAAUGGAUGCAAUUCAGAACAUGUCUGUAUUGGGGGUGGAGGAUACUUCCCUGAGGCAUCGCCAAGGCAGUGUGGAGAUUUCACAGCCUUCGACUGGAAUGGGGUUGGCACACAUGUGGGAUGGAGUGCAUCAAAGGAGGUGACAGAGGCUGCAGUGUUGAUCUUUUACCGUUAAUGCAGGCCAUGUCUUCACAGGAGUCACUGACAAUUGACUGCAAUGUGACAAAAUGCCUUCAUUUUAACAAAAAAUUGCUUUCAUAUAAUUCUGUACUUCAUUUUACAUUCAGAAAUUAGCAGUAGUCCAAGAAGUUGCACUUGUGCAACUUUUAAUACUUGGUAUGCGGGACACAUUAUAAAUCACUGAUCAUGCUAGGGGUUUCUGACAAUCCUUUUUCUUCCUUGUACUAUAAUGGCUUCCAUUGGAUUGCUGACAGGAUUUCAAUAAAUUGAAUUGAA